UCUUCCUGAAGAUUCAACGCAUCUGAGAUGCUGGAGAGGAGCAGGAACGGCAAGAUCAUAUUUGCAGGGGAUUCCAUCGGCAGAAACCAGUGGGAGUCGUUCCUGUGCAUGCUGGCCAAAGCUGUGCAGAACAAGUCCAGCAUCUACGAGAAGUACGGGAACCCCAUCACCAAGCACAAAGGCUUCCUCUCCAUGGUCUUCCACGACCACAACCUAACAGUGGAGUACUACCGAGCCCCCUUCCUGGCAGCCGUCGGCCGCCCUCCCCGGGCCUCCCCUGACCACGUCCGCGCCGCCAUCCAUCUCGACGCCCUGCACUGGCAGUGCAAGCACUGGGUCGACGCCGACGUGCUGAUCCUCAACGCCGGCCACUGGUGGAACGACAAGAAGACCAUCGACGUGGGAUUAUAUUUUCAGGUCGGGGAAGAGAUACAGACCGCCAUGGACGUGAAGGAAGCAUUUCGGCGAACGCUCGAGACGGUCAAGCUGUGGACCUUCAACAACCUCCAUUUGCGGAAGAGUCAUGUCUUCUUCCGGAAUCACUCCCCCAUACAUUUCAGCAACGGCACCUGGGACAACGGCGGAUCCUGCACGGCCUUCACGGAGCCUGAGAAGGAUCCCGCUGCGCUCGGACCAGAACCGUGGAACAACCGAGUCAUCGCUGACACAGUGGAAGGGAUGAAGAGUGGCGGGAGGAAGGUGCAGCUUCUCAACAUCACGUAUCUGACGGAGUUCAGGAAGGAUGCUCACCCUUCGGCCCACCGGGAGCCAGGAACGCCGACGGAUGCUCCUGAAGACUGCAGCCAUUGGUGUCUUCCCGGAGUGCCCGAUACAUGGAAUCAGCUCCUCUACGCCUACCUUCUGAUGAUGGAAUAUGAUACCAGGAAGAAGAACGUUUGA